AUGUACUCGUGGUCUGACUUGAAUGUGUCGCUGAAAGAAAGAAACAACAAACCCGCGAAGCUAACGACGAUGGAACAGGCAAUGCACGACCUUCAAGCAAUGCCGAAUAUGGACGAAGAUCUUUUCCAGAUGUCUUACGUAGAUGAUAGCGACACAUAUGAAGAGGAGAUCGAUGAUUUGCCUGAGGACAUUGACAGCAAAUUCGAGACCCUGGAAGACUACAACCCGUUGGAAGCUUCGUUAAUGAUGGGGGCCCAAUUUCAACAACUUGUAAACAUUUACGAGAGUUUUUCGUCUGCAUUUCCCCCAUUAAGAAGAAUCCCCUACCGAGAAUCCACGUACUCGGGUUUGGACUGGGGCAUCAAAGGCAACGAUUUGCGGCUGAAACAUUCAGAAAAUCAGGAGCGACAAUCAGUCGUCAUUGUCACAAACUCAUCAAUGCUCUUUGUUAUCUUUCCCCCGACUACAUUCGUCCCCCGGAACAUUAACCGUGUUGCACCGUGGAUAAGAAAUAAUCGGAAUUUAUAUCCUUACUUCAAGGACUGCAUUGGUGCAAUUGACGGGACUAUUAUACCUGCGUGGGUGCCAGAAGGACAACAAGCGAGAUGGGAAGGCAGCGCAAACGAUGCACGCAUUUUCAAUCAGACGUUGUCGGACCCCAGAUAUAAUUUCCCCUAUCCACCGCCCGGUAAAUUCUACGUGGAGGACUCCGGAUAUGCACUUUCGGGUUUCAUGACACCAUAUCGUGGUGAAAGAUACCAUCUUCCGGAGUGGUUGGGGUCUAACCAAUUGCCCGAAAAUGCUCGUGAGUUGUUUAACAGACGACAUGCCACUGUCCGUAAUGUUAUCGAACACAGCUUUGGUUUGCUAAAGGGGAAGUUUCCAAUGAUAAAGAGGUUGAUGCCAAACUACAAAGUUCAUUCCCAAACCGACAUAGUAAUAGCAUGUUGUGUCCUACACAAUUUAAUUCGGAUGCAUGAACCGCUCGAAAACAUGCCGCCUGAAUUCAGCAACCCAAAAUACGUACGACGACAUGAUCCAACUGAUCGGACUUUCCCUUUUAUGUCGAGUAAUAACUCCAACGUCGGCGGUGGUGAGCAUUGUGUGUUGCGUGAAAACAUAGCCCAAGCGCUAUGGGAGAACCGAAGAUAA